UUUUCUCUCUCCUCUCUCCUUCGGCGAAAACUUUUUUUAUUUCAUCAGAGAAAUCGACGAGAAGCCCGCUCCAUUUUCUUUGAAUCAAAAACGUACUCACCAAGUAAUAUUCAUCUGGGAAGAUGGCCUGCGCUCAAUUAGUCGCCAUGUAAAUCGCCAUCCACCGCUUCUCGUCGAUUUUUCACUUCCCAUUUUGCCGCCCAUUUCCUUUUGAUUCUUUCCUUUUGGUAACAUUCGUUGUCUGCCUCUUAGAGAUUUGGCCCCCAGCAAGAAUUGCAAAUUAUUUUUCGCCAUAGCCCCCACCUUCCCCUUAAUCCGCGAAGUUUCAAAUACCAAGCCCUGGAGCUUAAGAUUCGAUCUUUAUCGAAUUUUUGGCUUCUGGGUUUCACCGAUAUUAGAUUCUUUUUUGUUAUUUGUAAUUUUGUGGGAAAAAGGGUGCUGGGUGUUUCAGUUUCUGCAGGGAUUUUAGAUUUUCUGUACAGAUUUUUGAGUUUUGCUUUUAUGGGCUGUGUAUAUAUUUUGAUCAUUUGAUCAAAUUGAUUGACGGGUAUUUCCAUUGACACCUAUCGAUCAGUUCUUACUUUAGGCGAAUAAGAGGGACUUGGGUUUGUAUUUUGGGUUUGUAAUAAUUUUAAAGAAUGUCUGCUGCCGAUGUUGCUUUGAGCCCGAUUUGCAAAGAAUCGGUUAAAUCUCGUGGUUACUUCGAUAGCCAGCCAGGACUUCGCUCAAGCGAGUCGAUCUUGAUAUAUCUUAGUGUUUCUGGUUCUGUGAUUCCAAUGCGGGUGUUGGAGUCUGAUUCAAUAGCCUCAGUGAAACUAAGGAUUCAGACAUGCAAAGGGUUUGUAGUAAAGAAGCAGAAGCUCGUUUUUGGAGGCCGAGAAUUGGCACGCAAUGAUUGUCUGGUCAAGGAUUAUGGUGUCACUGGUGGUAACGUCUUGCAUUUGGUUCUGAAGCUCUCUGACCUCCUGCUCACCACUGUUAGGGCCACUUGUGGGAAGGAAUUCGAGUUUCAUGUUGAUCGUCAUCAAAACGUUGGCUAUCUCAAGCAAAAGAUAGCAAAGAAGGGGAAAGGUUUUAUUGAGGUUGAUGAUCAAGAAAUCUUUUUUAAUGGAGAGAGGCUUGAUAAUCAAAGGCUCAUUGACGAUAUAUGCAAGGACAGUGAUGCCGUGCUCCAUUUGCUGGUCAAAAAAUCAGCAAAAGUGAGGGCUAAGCCUGUUGAGAAAGAUUUGGAGCUCUCAGUUGUUGCAGCUGACCUGAAUGAGAGAAGAGAUAGUGUAGUAGACAGAGGAGAGAGCCAAUCUGAGAAGCUUCAGAUUGUAAAUAAGGAGCCAUUAGAUAGAGGUUUAUUAUUGGAACCGGUUAUUGUUAACCCCAAGAUUACAUUUCCUCCCAUUAUAUGGGAUAUGAUUAAGGCUACUUAUGAUGGUUUGCGGAGAGGUAAUCAACCCAUCAAGUCAUCCGAGGGAACAGGAGGAACUUAUUUCAUGCCGGAUUCAGCGGGUCUCAACUAUGUUUCUGUGUUCAAGCCUAUGGAUGAAGAACCCAUGGCUAUGAAUAACCCCAAUGGCUUACCCUUGUCAACAGAGGGUGAAGGACUGAAAAGGGGAACAAGGGUAGGAGAAGGAGCAUUGAGGGAAGUUGCAGCAUAUAUAUUGGACCACCCACGUACUGGCCUUCACUCAUGCUCCAAUGAGGUCAUGGGCUUUGCUGGUGUACCCCCUACAGUUAUGGUUCAAUGCUUGCACAAAGGGUUUAACCAUCCAGAAGGGUACCAACAUGCACCCAAGAAUGUUAAAGUUGGGUCAUUGCAAAUGUUCAUGAAGAAUUAUGGGUGUUGUGAGGACAUCGGUCCAGGAGCUUUCCCUGUAGAGGAGGUGCAUAAGAUCAGUGUUUUUGAUAUAAGGAUGGCAAAUGCAGACAGGCAUGGGGGGAACCUAUUGAUUGGGAAAGGGGAUGAGGGACAGACCGUGCUAAUCCCAAUUGAUCAUGGCUACUGCUUGCCUGAGAAUUUUGAAGAUUGCACAUUUGAUUGGCUCUACUGGCCCCAAGCACGAAAGCCUUUCUCUCCUGACACCAUAGACUAUAUAAAGUCCCUGGACUCUGAACGUGAUGUUGCACUGCUUAAAUUUUAUGGGUGGGACAUUCCAGUUGAAUGUGCUCGUAUACUUCAUAUAUCUACCAUGCUUCUGAAGAAGGGAGCAGAGCGAGGUCUUACUCCCUUUGCCAUUGGAAGCAUCAUGUGUAGAGAAACAGUGAAUAAGGAGUCCUUGAUUGAGAAGAUAGUCCAUGAAGCUCAGGAUUCCCUGCUUCCCGACAUGAGUGAAGCUUCAUUUCUUGAAACCGUUUCCAAGAUAAUGGAUUUUUGGCUGGACAAGCUAACAAAAUAAAGUGAUCUGGUUCCUAGGUACAAAUGUUUUGUAUGUAUUAAUUGGAUGGCUGGUCCAUUUUGGAUGGACUGCAGGUUUUAAGGACUGUGGAUGGCCUAUAUUGUUGAUGUAGGCCAGAAGCUUUCAUUUUCCUUCUCACUUGUGUCAAAAUUACUACUAUAUUUGGAUGCUUAGCAGAAAUAUAAGAUAAUAUUGAAUAAUUCGAGUGCGGAAUUUUGCUAAAGGUUUUGUAGGUCGAAUUCAACUCGAGUGGGAGCUUCAAAAACUUGUGUGAAAGAGUCAGUCCCAUAUUUAUAUAUGUUCACAAGUGAGUUGAAGUCCAGUAAAUACCAUAUAUAUGUAAGGAGUUAUAGCCAGCAAGAAUGGAAGGAUAUAA